AUGUCUUCUCUAGUUGUUCAAGAACAAGGUUCGUUCCAACACAUUUUGCGUUUGUUGAACACCAACGUUGAUGGUAACAUCAAGAUUGUGUACGCUUUGACCACCAUCCGUGGUGUUGGUCGUCGUUACGCUAACUUGGUUUGCAAGAAGGCUGAUGUCUCUUUGCAAAAGAGAGCUGGUGAGCUAACCCAAGAAGAGUUGGAGAGAAUUGUUCAAAUCAUGCAAAACCCAUUGCAAUACAAGAUUCCAGCUUGGUUCUUGAACCGUCAAAAGGAUGUCAACGACGGGAAGGACUACCACAACUUGGCCAAUAACUUGGAGUCUAAGUUGAGAGAUGACUUGGAAAGACUUAAGAAGAUCAGAGCCCACCGUGGUAUCAGACACUUCUGGGGCUUGCGUGUUAGAGGUCAACACACCAAGACCACCGGUAGAAGAAGAGUUUAA